AUGGCACGAUCAAAGAAGGCAGCAUCGGACGCCAUUCAAAAGAAGCCGAGGCGGAGGAAAGAAUCAGCUAUCCCGAAGUCAGCUUUGGCUGACAUCCAGAAAUGCAAGGAACUUGGAAUUGAAACGCACCUCCAAGCAAACAAGACCAGGAGCAGCUAUGCUGGCCAUGUACGCCGGGGACGCGAGUGGCUCGCGAGCCAUUUUGAUGCACCAAGCUGCUCCACUGACGAGGGGGACUGCUCAGUGCUCAAAGAGCCUUUGGUACAGCCGGUGGCACUGUCAGUGCCCUCUUUCGUUAGAGACAAUCCAGACAGCGAUGUGUAUGCAGAUCCUGCCUUCAAAGAUGUGUUUGGGUGCACGCCAAACCGAUGCUCCGACAAGGCGCUGGCCCUCUUCAUGUCCCUGAAGGGGUUCCACGAAAACCUCAGCAAGAACACGGUCGAAAGUAUCCGCGCAGCAUUCAAAAAGCUCUGGGAGCAAGCGGAUGGCGGCACAUUUCGUGGAAAGUGGAGUUUCAAUGAGGUGAGACAGCGCUGGGAGGGAAAUCCAGCCGACUCAGCGGAAGUUUACGAUGUGAUGGCAUCUGUCAAGCACAAGGCCAGCGCAGAGGGCGGAGAUCGAACUCACUCGAUGGCAAUGACAAAAGACUUCAUGGAUCGCAUGCUCCAAUGGCAUGAGGCCGCAUGCCCGCUGGAGAUCGCACUGCAGGCCGUCCAGCUACUCAGUCGCCAUCUUGAACAGGUCACUUUCGAUGCUGGCGCAUGGACCUUAUGGAGCAGGUAUUACAUCUCGCUCGACACAAUCCUGCUGGACACCGUCAUGAAAAAGUAUCUGGCAUGCGAGCCACUGACACUCAGCGACAGCAACACCUAUUUCGAAAUAUUCCUCUCGAACCGAAAAGGAUGGCAGAAAAGGGUCGAUAAGGGCAUCUGCGAGGCAGACCUUAGGUCCAACCACUACAAGAUAUUUCCCCGCCCAGACAUGCCUUCCUGCGACAGCUUCAUCUGGAUGUUGCUCUGGAUCAAAUGGCUCGAGUUUUUUCAUUACGGGCGCACACUCGGGCCAAACGACUUCAUCUUCCCUUCGAUGGGUGCCAAUGGCAUCAUGCAGCCUGGACAGCCUCUCUCCCAUGACACUGUCCAAAAGUGGAUUGACGAGGCAAUGACAGGUGCUGGCAUCCUAGGCUGUUUUUCGACUCACUGCUUCCGCCGUGGAGGUGCCCAGUAUUGGUUUAUGUUCGCACCGGUUGGUCAGCGGUGGUCACUUGCCAUGGUUCGAUGGUGGGGAGGAUGGGCUGAUGGUGAACAGCGAAACACGCUCAUUCGUUACCUUCUCGACGAACUACACACCUAUGAGACUGACUACAGUGAUGCCCUCGCUCCUUUCUCCCGCAAAGCUGAAUCCUCCCUUGCAGGCGAGCAGGCACUCAUGAGGCCAGCAUCCACUGAGGAGCUGCGCAUGGUUCAUGCAUCCAUGACCGCAGAUGUCAAUCAUUUGCGAGUUGACAUCAUCUCCGCAUCCAGUGCAGAGUCUCCUCAGAUUUCAACUCCUCGGCAUGUCCGUCCACCACCAACACACUCCCGUCCUCUGUCAUCUGUCCGCAGGAGCCAUGGCCAUGCACACAUCACUCCAACUACUCGACCACUGCCAUCUGCUGCUGCGCACACAGCCUCGACUCAACAACUCCCAAGCAACGGUCUCGUCAUUCCACGGCUGCCACUCGUCCGUUCGAACGGGUUGAAGACUCCAAAGGCCGAGUCCUGGAGGGACAUCAUCACACACUGGCUCGUCGGCGACCCCGACAGAGGGUUGAAGACGCCACUCAAGGACUGGCCGCAGGAGUGGUACCAAGGCCCGAACCGGAAGCUCGCAAUGCAGUACCAGAACAGGGCCGUUGUUGCGCGCGAGUUCAUCAACCAUUACCAGUCAGACGAAGCCCUCUUCCUUGCAGCCUACCCAGAAGCCGAGCGGGGACACACCCCACUGCUUGCAGCUGUCAACAAGGCACGGGCUGCACGAGGAGAGCGUGUCCGUCGCAACAAAUGA